AUGAGUCAACAAGAGUCUUCAAAAAGAAACAAAAGAGCAAAAAAUAAGACAUAUGCUAAACCUGGAUCAUUAUCAUUCUUGGCAAAUAAAAAACGACGGUUAUUGACAACAAAUGAAAUUGUUCAAGCUAUAGAGUCAGAGAAAGGACAUCUGCUUAAAUUGAUUGAACAACAACCAGAAGCACCACAAUCUGAAGCUAAUGGACAAUCUGUAGAGGAGCAGCCUCUUGAGCAGGAACCUAUAGAGGAUCAAGUGCAAAUGAACUCUGUCACUCCUCCAACUGGUGAACAACCUGAAGAACAAUCUGAAGGUGUUUCCAGUAAAAACAAAAUAGGUCAAACACAAAUGCAUAAUGUACAUGCACGAAAAGAGCGUAAACUGAUCUUAUUGAAUAAGCUAAAUCAACCAGUUGGUCCUACUGAAGACGUUGUGACAGAGUUAAGUAGCUUUCUAGGUACAUUGGCAAGAAAUGCGACUCUUUGCCCAUUUGAUAUAUUUGAUUGGAGGAGCAUGGAUACUAAAAAGGAUUUAUGGGAUUAUACUAAGGAGAAAUACAUUAUUCCUGAAGCUGCAAAAGAUUGGGCUUUGGUAACAAUUCGAGAGGCUUGGAAAAGGCAUAGACAAGCUGCAAAAGAUUGGGCUUUGGUAACAAUUCGAGAGGCUUGGAGAAGGCAUAGACGUGACUUGAAGAUAAAUUAUUACGAUCCUUAUGACAAUGAUGAAAUUCGAAUGGCAAAAAAGCCUGGUCAUAUUCCAGAAUGUCAGUAUAGAGAGCUCUUUAAAUAUUGGAAGUCUGAGAAAUUCAAGCUUGUUACUUCUUCCAGUGUGAAAAUGUCUGAAACAAAUACUAAGAACCGGAAAAAGCUGAUGAAUCCACACACAGCAGGCAAAAAGAGUUUUGCUUUAAUCCGCAGUAAAUUGGAAAAAGAAAAGGAAUCUGUAUCUGCUAAGGAGCUCUUUGUGGUCACAAGAACAAGAAAACCUGAUCGUUUGUACAAGGCAUCAAAUGAGAACACAACUAGUAAAAUUGCUGAAAUGGAGGAAAUUGAAAAGCAAAUGAGCACAAAUGGUCAGUCUGUUGAUGCAUUUUCAGCUGUCAUGGGUCCUGACAUCCGGGACAUCUAA